GUCCAUGCUGCCAGUGCCAUCUCUAACCGCUCUUGUUGUUUUUUGACCGCACUUGCUUCGUUGAAUUGUUAAAACUCUUAUUUUAGUAAAAUAAACACAGAAAAUACCAUUAAAUAUGAUUGGAAGCAAAAAAAACGAAAAAGGCGAAUGUCUUAAAGGAAAUUUCGGAUAACUUCGAGCAGCUGACAAAGAAUCUGGAGCGUUUUCUCAAGCCACAGCCGGAACAAGUGGAGGCCAUCGAGAAGCUAAUUCAACAAACGUACGCCGUUAGCAUCAGCGGGGAUGUGGCGAACAAGAAAUCACUGCUGCCGGAACUGGUGCUGGAGCAGAUGGACGAGGAGCAGAUCUGGCAGCAACUGGAGAUGCGAAACGAGCUGGUGUUCCAGCAGAUGCUGGAGCAAACCGCCCAGUUGACGGCAAUUAGGGAGCAGCAUCUGGGCAUCGAGCUGGACGACGGCGAGGAACAAGAGGAAGAGGAUGAGAACCAGGAGGCUGAAGAGUCCGUUGAUGAGGAAGAAGAACAGGAAUCUGAAUUCAGCGACGAGGAUGGAGAUCAAACCCCAAAGAAGGGCACAGCGCCUAAGGAAAAAAAGAACAAGCGAGGUCGCCACUCUGUGGUGGACGACACCUUCUUCAAGCUGGACGAGAUGAACGAGUUCUUGGAGCAGGAGGAUGCCAAGGAGAUGCGCCGUCUGAACAGCAAGCGUGGCGUGGAACAGGCCGAUGACAUUGAUCACUAUGCAGAGGAUUUCGGCCUGGGCGAAGACGAAGAUGGCAAUGUCAACUAUGCCGAUUUCUUUGAUAUGGACGAGGAACUGGAACAGCAUGCUAGAAAGAUAAACAAAGGCAAGCAGAAAGAUUUCUUCAAUGAAAACGAAGAUGAUAGUGACCAGGAAGAGGAUGAAAAUGAAAAUGAAGAUGCUGAGUCAGAUCAAAACGAAGAAGACGAAGCAGAGCCUGCAGAGGAUAAAGAGGAGGUAGACAGCGAAAUAGAUGAAUCAGAGUUUGUGGCUAAAAGUGGCAUAGAACCCGCCAGCGAUUCAGACGACUCUGACUCAGAAAAGGAGGAGGAGAAUGAACAGGCACCUGUUGAGCCACCCUCCCAAUCUUCCAAUGAGAUGAGAGAGGCUCGUUUGUUCCAACGCAUUCGUGACUACGAAGACGUUGUCCUGGGCGAGAAGCCCUGGCAGCUAAAGGGCGAGGUCAAAGCGGCCAAUCGGCCCCAGAACUCGCUGCUCGAGGAGAUUCUUGACUUUGACUCUACCACCAGACCCACGGCACCCAUCACUGAGGAGGAUAAUCGCUCUAUCGAGGACAUUAUUAAGCAGCGUAUUCGUGAUAAAGCCUGGGACGAUGUGGAGCGCACAGUGCGUCCGGUGAACACUCCGCAGGAGUACCGCAAGCAGCUGGUUCUGGACCAGGAGAAGUCGAAGCAGUCCCUGUCGCAGAUCUACGAGGCACAGUACCAGCGUGAGAUGGAAAAACUCGACCCUAAUCGCGAUGCCGAUAAAUCUGGUCCAGAACCCAAAGAACACCAAGAAAUCAGGCGGGCAAUGCGUUCGCUGUUUCUCAAACUGGAUGCCCUCUCCAACUUCCACUUUACGCCGAAGCCAGUGGCGCCGGAGGUCAAGAUCGUGACCAACACGCCGGCAGUGAACAUGGAAGAGGUGGCCCCGUUGGCGGUGAGCGAUGCCAAGCUGCUGGCGCCUGAGGAAGUAUUCCGUGGACCCAAGCACGCUCCGCUUGGUAAGACGGAACGCGACCGGACGGACAAGAACCGCGAGCGCCGCAAGAAGAAACAGAAGCAGCGGGCCAUUAACUCGGCUCUGGAGCAGCGCGACCUUCAGCGCGCUAAGGAAGGCAAGGGACCAACCAAGAAGGAGGCGGACGCCAAGCUCCUUAAGAGCAUCACCAAGAACCGCAAUGUUCAGAAGAUCAACGCGAGUAGCGAUGACAAGGGAGCUCUGAAGUCCUCCAAGGCGUUCUUUAACAAACUACAGGACACCACAGCGGCCACUGCGUCCAACAAGCGCCCGAAAAAGGAUCCAGCAAAGGCGAAUGCAAAGAAGCUAAAGCUAUCAGCCGCGCAAAUUAAGAUGGUUAAAGUACAGAAACCGCAGGCCAAGUCGCUGAACAAGAGCAACAGCAUCGAGGGCGUGGCCAAGAAGAAGGGCAAGACGGAAAAGUCCAAAAAACUGCCCAAAGAAGCCACAUUGGAAUUGACCAGUGGCAAAAAGAUAAAAAACGCGGCGUCGCAAAAAAACGAUGGCGUCGAAAAGGAGCAAAAGUUGCCCAAGAAGGAAGUCGAAAAGAAACAGUCAAAGGCGGCCAAGAGGCCUUUAAUUCUGGCCCCUCCGGAGUCUCCAGCUGCUCCUCCUGCCGCGGAAAAGAAGUCCAAAGCAAAGCCGGCUGUUCCCGCCACUCCAGUGCCCAAAAAGAAGCCAGCCAAGAGGCCCCUGAUUUUGGCUCCUCCAGAAUCGCCAGUGGCACCCAAAACACAAGAGAAAAAGGUUAAAGCUGCUCCUGUGGCAGCCAAAAAAGACGCUGCACCUGCUAAGAAGUCUGCCCAGGAAGCUGCUCCUGCCAAGAAGACAGUUCAGGCUGCUCCUUUAGCUAAGAAGCCAGCUGAGGUUGUUCCUCCUGCCACGAAGUCCGCUCAGGUUGCACCUCCAACCAAGAAGCCAGCCAAAGCUGCUCAGCCGGCCAAAAAGGCAGCCCAGGAUGCUCCUCCAGCCAAAAAGGCUGCCCAGGUUGCACCUCCCUCCAAAAAGCCAGCCCAAGUAGCUGCUCCCGCCAAAAAGCCAGCCCAGGCGGCUUCUCCCGCAAAGAAAUCCCAGAAGCCAGCUGCUGAAGCACCCAAAAAGUCGGAAAAACCCGCCAAGGAAGCAACUCAAGCCAAGCCCGCCAAGGCUCAACCCGCAGCCCAGCUCCAGAAGAAAGCCAAGUCGGUGCAGAAGCUUUCCAAGGCCCCCAAGUCCAAGAAGCCCUUCAACAAGAAGAGCAAAGCUGGCCAGGCCAAAGGCAAAAGCGUCAAGAAAGCGCCAGUCAAGACCAAGAAGCAACUUGAGCUGACUUUCGAACUGAAGUCCUUUGACGAACAAAGGUACAAGGAGAUUGUGACCGAGAAUAAUGUCACGAAAGUGUGCCAGGCCUUGAAGACCCUAGUGUCCGAGGAGGUGGCCAAGAAGAAGGCUACCUCGAUCUUCAGCGACUACCGCUACAUUCUGCAAGUGGCCAGCUACAAGAUCUCCAGCUGUCCCAAGCGCAUGGUCAAGUUGUCCCUGAAGCAUUCGCUGGUGGGCAACACGGACGAUGUGGCCCUCAUCGUGCCCGAUUUGCAGCGCGGUGCCAAGUUCGAGUCUGAUCCCACCAAGCAGCACUACGAGGAUCUGCUGCGGGAGGCCGGUGUGAAGCAACGCCUGACCGUCAUCCCCUUCAACCAGCUGCGCAACGAGAUGGGCUCCUUCGAGGCCAAGCGCAAGUUCCUGAACAGCUACGACUACCUGCUCUGUGACGGUCGUCUUUCGGGCCAGGCCACCGCCUUUUUGGGCAAGAACACCCAGAAGCCUCGCAAUGUGCUCCACGCCGUGCGCCUGACUAAGGACAAGUUGCCGGAAGAGAUUACACGCGCCCUCAGCCGCACCGCAUUCAGGCAGCUGGCCAAGGGCGAUCUUACGUCCAUUGCAGUGGGCAACGACGGGCACAGUGCCGAGCAGCUGGCUGAGAACAUACUGCUUGUGAGCAAGCAGCUCCAGCAAGUCUUUCCCGGCGGCCUGGCCAACAUUCGGUCGAUGUACGUUAAGAUCGACAUUACUGGCACUUCGUCGCUGCCGCUGUACGUUAGCAUGUGUGCCCCGCCGGCGGACACUCCGUAUGUGGUGGGUCCCAAGGAGCAGCGCAUGCUCAAGCUGAAGAAGCAGGCCAACGAGGUGCUGUCCAGAUUUGCCAUGACCAAGGAUGCAGACUUCAUUAAGCUAACCAGCGAUCAGGUCAAGCGCAAGGCCGAGCUGCGCGUGGAGAGAGCUGCCUUGCUGGCCGCUGACGCUGCUCCCAAGGACAACGAUGGCGAGGACACCGCCGUGCCAACAAAGAAGGCCCGCAAGGAGUCGACCAGCGAGGGCGCCAAGGCUGAGGCUGAUGCGGAAUCCGAUGAGGAUGAGGAGGUCGAGGAGGCGGAGGACAGUGCCGGCGAAAGCGGCGAUGAUGGCGACGAUGGCGACGACACUGAUGAUGAUGACGAUAUUGAUGAAGAAAAUGAGGACGAUGAUGACGAGGACGACGAUGAGGAAGAUGACGACGACGAGGAGGAGGACGACGAUGAUGAUGAUGAUGAGUAAUCUUACCUGCAGGCUAAAUUGCUCUUCAUUAGUUUUAGUUUUAUUUCUAUAUAUGCAAACUAAUCUUGCUGUAAUUCCGUUUGCAAUUUUUACAACAGUUUUAAGUAAUAAACGAGUGUUUUAAGUAUGGAA